AUGACCUCCUACUCGAACCUCAGAUCUUCAGGUGCUUCCAUAGACGGUAUGGAAGCCGUUGAACUAAAAGACAGAAGGGCAUCUAUGAGCGGCCGGAAGUCGGGCGAUUUGGAAGCAGGCGAGGAAGAUAUCGGGGUACCCUCUUCCUCUUGGAACGGCGCACCCGGUUCCUCCCAAGGGGGUCAUCGCAGGCAGGAAUCCCACGGCGCCGAUGACGAAGAUGGUUCCGAACUCGAACUUCUCUUGGACCCAAACUUGCCUGCCGAAUACAGCCACAAACUUCGCGAUCUCACUCGAAAGUCCCUUAGCUUCGACGACAAUCAAGUAGGGGUCAAGUUCGGCGAAAGUGAGGACGAGGAAGAAGAGGUAGAGAACUCACCUUAUCCAGAAGUCCGAGCUGCCGUUCUCAACUUUGAUCAAGACCUGCCAUGUAACACCAUCAGGGCGUGGACCAUUGGACUUGGGCUCAUAUUUCUUGGGGCUUCAAUGAACACCAUCUUCUCACUGAGAGCCCCAUCAAUCAGUCUCGGGUCACUUAUUGCCCAAAUCAUCGCUUGGCCGCUGGGACAUGGCUGGGCCAGGUUUAUGCCGCAACGUGAGUUCAACACCUUUGGUAAAAGGUGGACUCUGAACCCGGGACCUUUCAACAUCAAGGAACACUCUGUCAUUGUUGUUAUGGCCAGUGUCUCCUUUUCUGUGGCCUACGCUACCGACAUCAUUUUGGCCCAAAAGGUGUUCUACAAGCAGGACUUCGGCCUAUUAUGGGGGGUUCUCCUUACGAUAUCGACGCAGAGCCUGGGCUAUGGAAUUGCUGGAAUGCUAAGAAGAUUUCUCGUCUAUCCAGCUUCCAUGAUUUGGCCGGGAAACCUCGUGGGAGUUACCUUGAUGCACGCCAUGUACGGGCAGAACGAGAAGAAGGAUCCCACAAUAAUGGGUGGCUCAAUUCCUCGGUACCGGUGGUUUGCCUACAUCACCCUCGGCUCUUUUUUGUACUACUUCAUCCCCGGUUUCUUUGCACAGUUCCUUAGCUCUUUUGCCGUUGUGACUUGGAUGGCACCAAACAAUCCUGUCGUCAACCAGUUGUUUGGCUACUCGACGGGCCUCUCCCUGCUUCCGAUCACGUUCGAUUGGGCGCAGAUUACGGGAUAUGUUGGCUCGCCUAUGGUGCCUCCAUGGCACGCAAUUGCCAAUACAUUGGCCGGCGUCGUGAUAUUUUUCAUAGUUGCCGCCAGCUUUUUGCAGUACACUGGAGCGUGGUACGGUAAGUACCUGCCGAUGAGCGACUCCAACGUCUAUGACAAUACGGGCAAGACAUAUGAUGUUUCACGAGUCCUUAGCAAGGAAUUUACGCUCGAUGAGGCGGCGUAUAACACUUACUCGCCUCUGUUUCUCAGCACCAGCGAGAGGCCUGACGUGCAUAUGAAGAUGAUGAGGAAGUACAAGGAGGCCCCGACGUGGUGGUAUAUGUCGCUGUUUGCAGUGAUGCUCGCCCUAGGCUUCUUCACCGUUCUCGGCUGGCAAACCAACCUCACAUGGUGGGCCUUCCUCCUCGCCGUCUUCAUCUCGUUCGCCUUUUCCCUUCCCAUCGGUAUCAUCCAAGCCGUCACCAACAACCAAAUCGGCCUGAACGUGUUGACCGAGUUUGUAUUUGGAUACAUCCAGCCAGGCCGCCCUCUAGCACUUAUGAUCUUCAAAACCUUUGGCUACAUAACCAUGUCCCAAGCCCUCACCUUUGUCGGCGACCUCAAAUUUGGUCACUACAUGAAACUUCCCCCCCGCGUGCUCUUCUCCGCCCAAGUCGUCGCCACCACCUUCUCCUGCAUUAUUCAAAUCCUAGUACUCAACUACGCCCUCCGCACUAUCCCCGAAGUCUGCACCCCUUCCCAACCUCAACACUUCACCUGCCCUGGCGGUCGCGUCUUUUUUUCCGCAAGCGUCAUCUGGGGCCUCAUCGGUCCCGCCCGGAUGUUCUCCCCGGGCCAGAUCUACUCUUCUUUGUUCCUGUUUUUCAUCCUGGGAGCCGUCGUGCCCUUGGUUAUUUGGUUACUCCUCCGUCGUGCGCAAAAGCGGAAUCCGCACACAAAAACAUGGCUGCGCUACGUCAUUGCGCCCGUCAUCUUUGGCGGUGCGGGCUCUAUCCCGCCUGCGAGUCCGCUGAACUAUUUGAGUUGGGGCAUCGUCGGGUAUGGGUUUCAGUACGUGGUGCGCAAGAGGCACUUUGGGUGGUGGAGCAGGUUGAACUUCUUGACAAGUUGCGGGCUCGAUCUGGGACUGGCGCUGGCGACGCUGGUGGUAUUUUUCGCCUUUACGAUCAACGAGAUUAGUCCGCCUAGUUGGUGGGGAAAUGACGUGGUAAAAGGCACGUUGGACUUCAAGGGGAUGGCGGUAAGAGAGAGAGUGAGGGAAGGAGAGACAUUCGGGCCGAGGGUUUGGGCUCUUGGAGGAGGAGGAGGAGGAGGAGGGUCAGGGUAAAAUACUACGACCGUGUUAUACUAAUACAAGCUCAGAG